UGUCAUUCGCGGACGGCUCGUUGGCGGCGUUGCGCAGGCUCUUUCUCGCGAAAAGUCCUAUUGGAGUGUUACUAAUGAACAAAAGUUGAAUGGUUUUAGCCGGAUUGAUCAGUUAAUAUUUUAGUUAGGGUAGUUAAUUCGCAAUAAAUCAAAAUGGGAAUCAAAUUCCUCGAAGUUAUAAAGCCGUUCUGCAGUAUAUUGCCAGAAAUUGCAAAGCCAGAAAGAAAGAUCCAAUUCCGAGAAAAAGUAUUAUGGACUGCAAUCACACUAUUUAUUUUCUUAGUAUGUUGUCAGAUCCCCCUAUUCGGUAUAAUGUCAUCAGACAGCGCAGAUCCCUUCUACUGGAUCCGUGUAAUCUUGGCUUCAAAUAGAGGAACACUCAUGGAACUUGGCAUAUCCCCCAUUGUAACAUCAGGUCUUAUCAUGCAACUGUUAGCCGGUGCGAAAAUCAUAGAAGUAGGUGAUACUCCUAAGGAUAGAGCCUUAUUCAAUGGUGCACAGAAAUUAUUUGGUAUGGUGAUCACUGUGGGUCAAGCCAUCGUGUACGUCAUGACCGGUAUGUACGGCGAGCCCAGUGAAAUUGGAGCUGGUGUCUGUCUCCUGAUCAUCAUCCAACUGUUUGUGGCCGGUCUCAUCGUCUUGCUGCUUGAUGAGCUCCUGCAAAAAGGUUACGGUCUCGGCUCCGGUAUCUCCCUGUUCAUCGCCACCAACAUCUGCGAGACCAUCGUGUGGAAGGCAUUCUCCCCAGCUACCGUCAACACUGGUCGCGGUACCGAGUUCGAGGGCGCCGUGAUCGCGCUGUUCCACCUGCUGGCCACGCGGCCCGACAAGGUGCGCGCUCUGCGUGAGGCCUUCUACCGCCAGAACCUGCCCAACCUCAUGAACCUGCUCGCCACUGUGCUCGUCUUCGCUAUAGUCAUAUACUUCCAGGGCUUCCGCGUGGACCUGCCCAUCAAGUCCGCCCGUUACCGCGGCCAGUACUCUUCGUACCCCAUCAAAUUGUUCUACACUUCGAACAUACCUAUUAUCCUUCAAUCUGCGCUCGUUUCUAACCUCUACGUUAUCUCACAGAUGUUAGCCGUGAAGUUCAGCGGCAACUUCCUAGUGAACCUGCUGGGCGUGUGGGCGGACGUGGGCGGCGGCGGCCCCGCGCGCGCGUACCCCGUGGGCGGGCUGUGCUACUACUUCAGCCCGCCGGAGUCGCUCGCGCACAUCGCGCACGACCCCGUGCACGCCGUACUCUACAUCAUCUUCAUGUUGGGCUCCUGUGCCUUCUUCUCUAAGACCUGGAUCGAUGUCUCCGGUUCUUCUGCUAAGGAUGUGGCCAAGCAGCUGAAGGAGCAGCAGAUGGUGAUGCGCGGCCACCGCGACAACUCCAUGAUCCACGAGCUGAACCGUUACAUCCCGACGGCGGCGGCCUUCGGCGGGCUCUGCAUCGGCGCGCUGUCCGUGCUGGCCGACUUCCUCGGCGCCAUCGGCUCAGGAACUGGUAUCCUGCUGGCCGUGACCAUCAUCUACCAGUACUUCGAGAUCUUCGUCAAGGAGCAGGCCGAGAUGGGCGGCAUGAGCACGCUGCUCUUCUAAAAUCAUAAGUCCUCGUGUGUGUCGCAGCGAGCGCUCCGCUCACCGUUUCUAUUUCCUGGCCGCAGCGCUCUCUACGACGCCGUUGUAGUGUGCGUGACAACGCGUGUGUGGGUUAUGUGCUAAUUUAUAUAAAUGAACUUUAUAAUAAAAUAAUUUACAAGUACAGACUUUGUUUUUGUAGACCCUAAGUACAGGAUAUAUAAUUGAUUGUGGAACAUUUUCAUUACAUAUCUAGUAAGAAUCACGAAUAAUUGAAAACGACUAAUAUUGUUACCUAAGUGUAUUACGUACUGUUAACUUUGUACACGAUAGUAUUAGAAUAGCUCUCAUUAAACUACACAAUCAGUCAAGUAUACUUUACAACGAGUGUUUAUUCAGUAACCUACAACAUUGUCUAGAUUUAAAGACUGAACAAAUGAUGUGAAGUAAAGACAAACACACCGACCGAUAUUGUUAAUUGUCAGCGUAUCGAAAACUUAGUGAUUUUAAUAGUAAUUGUAACUAACUAAUAAUAUAAUUUAAUAUCCAACUUUGUUAAGAAUAUCUUACAAAACUUAUAUUUAUUAAGUUCGUGUUGGAUUAUCUGUAAUAAUUUAUGUAUAUUUUGUUAUACUGUUAUCGCAAGUAUUAGACUCACGUAUUGAUUCUGUCUGCAAAAUUAUCAGAAGUAAUAUGUGAUUAAGUUACUGUAAUUAUCUGGGUUCCUGUUCCUGCACAUUAUAAUCCACAGAAUCAGUAAAGUUCUUCGAAUAAAUUCAUUUAUAUUGUUUUGGA